GUGGGUUGCACGCUUCAAUGAUUUCCUAGAAAAAUAUAUUGUUGACGUUUUCAGGAAAUCCCAAUUUUUGUAGCGUGCAAGUGCGUUAUUGCAUUGUGUCUAAUUUUGAAACGAUAACAGUUAAUUAGCUAUAACUUCCUCGUUUGCUGACACCCCACGAUGGCACUGUGGGCUCGUACCCAGCAGUUGUCAGCGGAUGCUCUGCGCCAGGUCCAGUACACUUACAACAGCUACUUCCCCAUUGAAAUCAGGCACUACUUCUGUGUUUGGAUUGAAGAACAGCUAUGGCAAAGCAUUGACGACACCCAGCAAGCCCAUGAACAGAUAGCAAAGGACCUGCUCACGACCCUGAUACAGCUCAUUGUCGAUAAGGCGAAUGAGGAGACAGACUUCCUCGCUAAGCUCCAGAUGCAGGACUGGGCACAGAAGUUUCAGGAGAUGUACAGUGAGCAGCCGAUGCAGUUUGUGAAGGUGGUCAAGAUGUGUCUUGCAAAGGAGGAGGAGAUGAUCCGAGCCACGGACAGCAUGAUGUCCCCUAGUAUUGCCAUCCAGGAGGUCAGCGAGAAUUUGAAACGGGACAUCAGGAAACAGAUUGAAAUGAUUGAAAGACUUACAUCACAAAGUGACCAGGACUUGCGGAGAAUGCAAUUACUCCAGGAAAACUUUGUUGUAGACUACCAGAACCAUGCUCAACUUUCAAGCCAGCUUCAGAGGGUGCAGCAGGAUGAGUCAAUUCCCAACAGAACGGAACUGGCCAACCGCCUACGACAACAGAAAGAUGAAAUGGAUAGAAUGUUACUGGCAUCUGCUCAGAAAAUACUCGAGGAACGCUUGCGUCUUGCCCAGAAGCACAAGGAAACACUGGCUCACAUUGAGACAUUGCAGAAAAAAGUUGUAGAUGAGGAGUUGAUCACUUGGAAACGGCGACAGCAGUUGGCCCUCAAUGGGGCGCCGUUUGACAGUAGCAUGAUUGACAUCAUUCAGGGCUGGUGUGAAUCUCUGGCAGACUUGAUCUGGCGUAACCGUGUGCAGAUACUGCGUGUCGACUCACUACGGACCCAGCUGCCCAUUGACGUUCCAGACGGAUACACAGACAUACAGCCGGAGCUGAACCAGCUGGUCACCGGCUUGCUGUCGUCGCUGGUUACCAGUACGUUUAUAGUGGAACAGCAGCCGCCACAGGUGUUGAAGAAGGAUGCGAGAUUCUCCGCAACUGUCCGACUCCUUGUCGGGGGAAAACUCAACCUGAACAUGUUCCCUCCGAGGGUCAAGGCCACCAUUAUCAAUGAGCAGCAGGCACGAGGUCUCUUGCAGAGCGACGAGAGCAGGCGCCAGCAAAAAUGUGGCGACAUCCUGAACAACGAGGGACAGAUGGACUUUCACAAUGCCACUGGACAGCUGAGCAUUGUCUUCAGAAACAUGUCGUUGAAGAACAUAAAGAGGGCAGACAGGCGUGGGGCAGAAGUACAUACCGUAGCUGAGGAGAAGUUUUGCCUGCACUUCACGUCAGAGUUCAAUGUUGGGGGUAAUGAGCUCAAGUUCCAGGUGUGGACCCUGUCACUGCCUGUGAUUGUGACAGUACACGGUAACCAGGAGUGCCAGGCCACAGCCACCUACCUGUGGGACAACCAGUUCUCAGAGCCGGGUCGUAUUCCAUUCCAAGUACCUGACCAGGUGCCCUGGCCGGAGGUGGCCAGCAUGCUGUCCACCAAGUUUGCCCACAUGACAGGUCGAGGGCUCACGGAGCAGAAUCUCCGCUACCUUGCCAACAAACUCUUUGCUGUGACCGGCCAACAGGACUUCAGCCAACAUAAGGUUGCGUGGGCACAGUUUAACAAGGAGAACCUUGCUGCCCGUAAUUUCACAUUCUGGGAGUGGUUCUGGUCGGUGGGAAAGUUGGUUAGAGAACAUUUAAAAGGACCGUGGACUGAUGAGUUAAUCAUUGGUUUUAUGGAUAAAACAGAAUCAAAUGACCUGCUGCUUUCCAAGCCAAAUGGCCGAUUUUUGUUGCGGUUUUCUGAUGGCACUGUUGGCGGCAUCACAAUAGCCUGGGUAGCAGAAAACAAAGAGAUCCCAGCUGGUGAACGCCAAGUAUGGAAUCUGGCCCCAUUCACGAUCAAAGAUUUUACGAUUCGGGGGCUUGCUGACAGGAUAAAGGAUCUCGACGCCCUGGUGGCCCUCUACCCUGACAUUCCAAAGGACUCAGCAUUCGGGAAAUACUACUCCCCCGCUCCAGAUGUGAGUCAAGGUGUAACACAAGGUGGCUAUGUGAAAACAACCCUCAUCACUGUGCUUGAUGGAAGACAGAAUAUGGGGAAUCACACAGCAGGGGUUAUGACUUAUGAGAACCCUCAGACCCCACAGGACCUGAAUCACCAUCCCCAGUCCCCAGGGAGCACAAUCUACUCACGUGACAUAAUGUCCCCGUCCAACCCAAAUUUGAUGGACAGUGACCCAUUCACCCUGGGCAGUGGUCCUUCAUCACCUGACAUGGAGAAUGACCCAGACUUCAAGAAGAUACGGGAAUGGCUGUCCGAGUCUCAGAUGUCGAGAACUUGAGCUGAUUGAUGGAGAGUUCCGCCAGGAUAUUUAUAUGUACAUACUAAGGGCUUAUGCCUUUAACAGAAAUGGUUGAGGUGAUCAUUUGCAAUCAUUGUAUGUCACAACAUAUUAAUAUCAAGAACCAAUUAUGAGAGUUGAACUUCUGCAAAACAUGUUGUUACAGUCAAACCCUGUUGGCUCGAUUUCCUUCUUGGCUCGAACUUGAUGUAAAGGACUUAUUUAUUUAUACUGAAUGUAAGCCUUCCCGCUUGGCUCAAAAUUUUCAAGGCUUGAUGUAUCUUAGCUGAUCUCUGGGAGCCAACGAGGUUUGACUGUAAUGUUGAAAAUCAGGAUAAAAUGCAUUAUAUCUCAACAUUGGUAUUGAUGUGAAAGCGUGUGGAAGGCAGGGAAGAUAUAAUUAUGCCGCUGAUAUUUUAACGGCUUCAAAAUGAAUGUCUAAGUGCCAUGUGUUUUGGUGAACGCUGCAAAAUUAUUAUAUUAAUAAAAAAUUACAAUUUUUUAGGUGCUUAAAAUAGCUUAUUUAAGAAAUCAACAGCAAUUUUUUUAAAUAAUAUUAUGAUAUCUAGUACAUAAAUUGUCAGUGUAUAUUGAUUAUGCAUGAAUAUCAGGCUCCAAUAUCACGGAAAUUCUCCAAUCAUUUCUCAAACUGAAGCUCAAAUCAUUUUUCCACAUUUCUCUCUUUUUAAAACAGCCUAUCCAAUGCAUUAUGUUGGUAAAAAUCAUUUCUCGAUGCUUUGAAGAACAUUAUUUCUAGAGCACAAAAUUUACUUGUGUAAUUACGCAAAAUAGUCAAGUUCAAUUUUUGGUGUACAAUUAUUUUUCUUUAAAAUACUGACCCAAUCUUUUAUCAACAUUAUCUGUGAGGUGAUGCGCCUUUAAUAUGAGUGAAAUCAUAGAAAUGUCUUAAUCAUGCUAUAUACUUGAAAGCUGUAGUGCUGUUGAAAUUAAUAUUUGUUAGGGGACUUGACACCAGAUGAAAGAAAGGCAAGAAAAAAGAAAAUUGUUCAAAUCUUACAUAAAGUUGAUGUGGUUGUGUACAACACAUUGAAUCUUACUUACUGUUUUAUCAGAUUGCUAACAAAACAUGUAUUUUUUGCAGUUGAGACAGCGACAAAAUAUUCUUUUAAUAAUGUAAAGUGAUGUAUUAUCGGCCUCAUACAAGCUCGCUUUGAAAAUUCUAGGCUUGUGCUAAAGAAAUGCUGUAUUUGCCAAUUUUGGGACCAUCUGGUGUCUAGUCUCUUUCAGUAUUUCCGUGAUAUUGGGGCCAGGGCUUAUUAGAGAAUAUACCUAUUACAGAAGAUGUAAUCAAUUCAAUUAUAAUGUUGAAUUGUUUAUUGUCAUUUUAAAAUUGUAUUAAGUGUAUGUGAUGUUGAUUAUGAUAUUUGAUGUUUAAUCAUUAUUGUUACGUAGCAUAACUUCUGUUUAUGACAAGGAUUAUUACACUUGUUAUUGUUAUUCGUUUUUCAAAAAGUCUCAAAUGUUGAUAGAUCUAUAUAAAAAAGGAUAUUGACGCAUGUGUGCAAUACUGUGUAAUUACUUAACUUAAUUGAUCUUUGUUUACACCGGUGACAACAUGCAACACUGUUGAUGAUAAUACUGUUAACUUGACAUUGAUUCAAAUAAGCCAAAGGAAUGUUAUUUGCAAAUGCAACCCUGUGACAGUUGAACACAUUUCUUAUGAUGUAAUCAUUAUAUGGGGUAAACUAUUCAGUGCUAGCUAGCAACUGGGCAGUGAUGUUAAUCAUCUUGUUUCCCUUGCAUUAGGAUUUUUCUUUGUAUACUCAAUAAUCUUAAAUCUGUACAAUCAUGAAUAACAAUAAGCCAACUUGAAAUGGUUACAAUUUCAUGAUGAUGAUGAUGUAUCUCUCUCAUUCAAAUGCAAGUAUAUAUCGAUUAUAAAACAAUUCAGUUUGCGGUUUCGGUGUUCGUAUAAUAAUAGCUUUUAAAGUGUGCUUUUUUACUAUUUACCAACAACAACAAGCAAAUGACUUCUUAAAAAGGUUUGGUUGCAAUUAAGACAUUAUUUGUAACAUUUUCUGUGGUACACUUAGUUUGAAAUCUAUAUUGCUGGAUGGUAGAUGUUAUGAGUUACUGUGACUUGGUAGCUUGUCUAUUUUUGUAGGGUAUUGUGAUAGCCUCUGUGUGAUCGCUGUCACUGGCAUAGUGUAAAUCCUUGCCCAUAACUAAAAAACUGUUCAAGACUUUGUUCAUGUGUUGUCAGAGACAUUACUCACAUGUAAUUCAAGGCCAAUAAUUCUGGCUUUAUUAAAUGUUAUUUUUAAAAACACCGGACAGGGCUUACUUCCCUUUGCAUAAUUAAAACUACAAUACCCUUCAAAAGAAAUCACUGCGUAUGAGUCGAAGUGAUUCUACUCCGAUUCAGUAGCCAUUUGGUCAAUACAGCUCCAGAAAUUGUUGAAAAUUGAUUUUAGUAACAGUACACCUUAUAACAAUGUAUUCAUACUGAUACAAACAUUUGUUUGAUCUUAUAUCGUAACUGGCGGAUUUGAAAGCGUAUUUAUACCAAUUACCACCGUUUCCUGUAGCUCUGGCUGUAUUCAUAUCACAUUCCACAUGCAUAUCUACUUUAACAGGAGUUAUAUUAUACUAUGUUGCCUUUGUGUGAAGAGGUGAAAGAUCUCUCUAAACUCUAUAUUAUGUCUAGUCUAUAUUGAUUCUGAAUCUACAAACUUAAGUAUGAAAUCUUAAUUCUUAUGUCCCAUGAAACUGAAUUAAAGCUGGCAACACAUCAAGGAUAAUUGUUACAGAGUAAGAUCGUAAUCAUAGAAAAACUAAUCAUAGAAAAACUAUAUUUUCACUCGUGGCUACGCCUCUCAUGAAAAUAUGUUUUUCUAUGACACUCGUGAAAUAAAAUACGAUCUUACACUGAAUAAACAAAUAUCCUCUAUAUAUUGUGAUCUUACACUGAAACAGUUUCUUUUUAUCAUAUGCCUAAAAAGGAUAUAAGAUGACUGUUCAUUGAAUUUUUUCUGGAAAACGCUAUCAUAACAUUAUUUUUAAAGGGCAUUGUUGUAAUUGUAUUUCAGUACUGAAUGCAUUGACGUGUGAUUUGGACGUUAGAGGGCUAUAAUUACAAAACAGUGAGAAAUAUGGAUUUGUUAUUUUACAUUUUGAAUAAGUGAUAUAUCAUUUUUAUUUCACUGUCAAAUCUCCAUAAAACACCGUAAAGUAUAGUAUAAAAGUAUUUUUAUCUUGGCUUCUUGAAAACUUUUAAACAUUGUUUGUAUAUACUUUAUGUUUUAAAUUGUGGAUGUGUUGCAAGAUUACAUCUUGUUUACAUAUAUUUGAUUCAUUUAAGGUAACUGUUUUUAUAGAUUUAACAUAUAUUUAAAAUGCCUUUGUAUCCUAUGCUCAACAAGAACAUUUGAAAUUAAAUUGUUAUCAUUGUUAAUAGCAUGAAGUGAUAUACCAGAAUGGCCUAUACAUGUAUCUGUAUACAACAUCUUGUUUUCACAUAUCCAUAUAAGAGUCUAUUUUUGAGGAGAGACUGUUUUUCCGAGGGAGUGCCUAAACCAAAGAAUAUGAUGAUAUUUAAGCUUUGUUAUAGAGUUCUGCUGCCUUUAAAAGAAUAGCAGAACUUGACCUUUUUAACUUGUUAAAUAUAGACUUAUAAUGUUUGUAUUUUUUAGGAAAAUACUUUUUUUAUGAUUAAAAAUAAUUCUAGUUCAGGUGCCAUAAAAAAUGCCCUGUUUAGUUUUUAUUAAGUUUGUUAAGAAUUUUAAUUGCCUAUUAUUUUGUUUAUAUAUAUCUGUGUAGUCAAAGGCAAAAUAAGUUCUGUGGAUAUUGAUUUUGUGAAAUAAAUUUAUAUAAUUUCUGAGUGAAUUGCAUAAUAAUGUGAAACAGAUUUACGGAUUCAAAAGUAUGAAUCUCCCUGCAGUGCUUUUCAUUUUUGAACUUUCUAAUAAUUUACAAUUUAAUUUUGCAUAUAUCAAUCUGACACGAGCAUUACUGUUCCCGUAAAAAUUAUAUAUAGUUAUUCUGUUGCAAUCAUGAGGUGUCUUAGUUUUCAGUGAAAAUGUAUUAAUUUUGUAGUUUUUCAAUGAGUUUUUAAUAAUAUGGUUUUCAACACAUAAUCGCUGUCUAGCCUGGUGCAUUUUCUUACACGUUCUAAGCUCUCAAUUGAAGAAUCAUAGACGCAUAUUGUCAGCCUGUAAUGUUUUGUACAUAAAAAUUGAAUAUAUUAAGGAUAUAUCUGUUAAAUAUUGAAGGCGUAUGACAUUGUUUUAUUGGUAUUUUUGUAUGUAACAGAGAUAUUGGUUAUUGUCUAUUUUUGUACAUUUUGAUCAGUCGUUGAUACUUAUAUUUGCCUGUAAAACUAAGUGUUAAGUACACAUUUUGCCGUAUAAAGUAUUUGCAUGCAAAAGCAUUACUCGUGUACAAAAAUAAAUCUUGUAUCACAAAAAGA